AUCGAGAGUUGAGACUAAGAAUACCGCAUGUGAUAUGCGUUUACACGCGGGAUUUUUGAACGCCCAUCCAUCUAGUGUUUACUGUCCUGAGAUUCCCUUUACUUUUGAAUAUAUAAAAGAAUUAAGGUGA